GCAUCCUCUUCUCUUCUUGUUAAUCAGUCUCCCCUGUUUAAUCUUUCAGUAGCCCAAACCCUUAUUCUUCAAAAUUAAAAAAUCAAAAACCUAAAUGGACGGAUUUCAACAACAGCAACAUAAUCCGUACAUGAGACCACCGCCACCGGUGCCGCCACCGGAUCCUCACCACCACUAUCUUCACGGCCACCACCAGCAGCAGCAGCCAAGACCACCAGUCCCUCCACAACCCUCAUAUUACUCCAAUCAAUUCCAAUAUUAUCCCCCUCCACCACCAGCUCAGCCUUCUCAUUCUCCGUCUCCUCCGCCUCAGCAAUGGGCGGGAGUGCCACCUCCUCCUCCGCCUCCUCAGAGUCAUCAGCCUGCUUAUCAUCAGCCACCACCUCCACCUCCGCAUCAACAUCAACAUCCUUCCCAUCACCAGUUCCCUCCUCCACCGCCUCCUUAUUCCCAUCCUUCUCAAGCUUAUCCUCCGGCCAGUCAGGAAUGGGGUAACUCUAAUUGGGGCCACCCGCCGCCGCAGCAGCAGCACCCAGGCUGGGAUUAUCAAGUGGCGGCCCAGAACAAUACAGAGGAUUGGGCUGCCAGAGCCAGAGCAUGGGCAGCGCAAACUGUUCCAGCUGAUGAUCAAUAUGCGCAGUCUCAAUUUACACAAGUUGCCAGAACUGACGAACAAAGUCGGUUUCAUGAACAAUACCAGCAACCCACUGAUUCUCAUUAUCAAGAUUUCCAGCAUCAACAAUAUCCUACACAAGGGUAUCAGCAGUUUCCAGUUUCAGCAGCCCCUUCACAUCAGCCUUCGAUAUCUUAUUUGCAGGAGAAUGCAUCUUUCCAGUCUGGACCAUCUUCUAAUGUUCCUGAUGGCCGCAUGCCUUACACUAGUGGAGGUGGAACGUCAACUGGAGCAACAACUGCAAGUCCAUCUGUUCAUCCGCAGGAGGUACCUUCUAGUUAUUCUUCUGUUACAGGUAGAGAAGAGGCCAUUGAUCAAAAGGAUCAGCUGUAUAAAUCGUUGCCUUUUCCCAUAUCCUCAACAUAUGAAGGACAACGUAAUAUGCCACCAACAUUACCUGCUCAUGGUGGAUCACUUUUGACUGAACAGCCCUUUGCAUACAGAAAUCGGGGAGCUGAUCCUAAUACUGACCUUAGUGACCAGCCUUUAGAAUUUGCCCCCGGUUUCACCUGUGAUCAAAAUCCACCUAUGCAAUCUAGUUAUCCUGCUCAUCAUGAUUCAGCAGGAAAUGUAAGAGGCCUUGGUCCUGUCACACCAUCUGCUUAUCCUCCAAUCUCUUCCGUACCAUCAGGGCAUCAGCAUGAUUUUUCGCCAGCCCUAUCACCCCCUAUUUCAGGACAUACUGUGCCUCCAUUUGGAAGCUAUCCUGGACAUUUUCAAUCAACAAUUCCAGCUGCGGGUUUGUCGUAUGGUCUUGGUCCUGGAUCUUCACUUCAUCCUGCUGCAGGCUUCUUAAGCGAUGCCUAUGGGAUUUCAAAUAUUGCCGAACGCCCUAAAAAGGCUCCUGUGCCUAAUUGGCUUAAAGAAGAAAUAAUUAAGAAUGCAUCUGUUAUCACACGGUCUUCUUUAGAGCAUGCUAAAGAGGAAUCAAAAUUCAUAGAGGAUGAAGGUGUUGAUAGAUUGUAUGGGAAGGGUGAGCAAGCUGAUAGCAGAAGUGUUGAUUCUCCUAGGUCGAAUGAAGAAGAAGAAGAAGAUGAUGAGGCUGAUGAGGAAGUUGCUAAAUCUGCUGCCCUUAAUCAAGAAAUAAAACGUGUUCUGACUGAAGUUCUUUUGAAGGUUACUGAUGAGCUUUUUGAUGAAAUUGCAUCAAAAGUUCUUGAUGAAGAUAAUCCUAUGGUUGAAGGUGCUGGUUCUGUAAUUUCAGAAGAGCACAAUGCUAGCACUGCAAAUCACAAGGUGUCUCCAUCUCCUCCAGAAGUCCUGAUUCCCAAGACUUCUGCUAAGGUUCUAGUUUCUGCUAAACCCAAAGAGCCUGAGACUGAAGAUGUCAGCGAAAAGUCAAGUUCCAGUGCCCCUGGAAAUGUAUUGGGUCUAGCUACUUAUGCAUCUGAUGAUGAUGAAGAGGAUGAUGAAAUCAAGAGUUCCAGCUUGCCAAAUGUUAGGAACAAUGAUGUGCUUCAACAAUCCAGCUCUGCAGAAUUUUCAAAAGUUACACAUGGUGUUGCUGAAAAUGGCAGCUCACCAGAAAAACCUGUAAAGAGCAGCAAGCAGACAGAUUUGGAGACGGAUUUACGCAAAACAAGCCUUGUUGAGUCUAAACACACGAUCAAUGAGUCUGGUUUGAGAGCUAAUCUUGCAAAAAAAGUUCUGGACGACUCUCAAAAUGGGGAAACUCGUAGGAAAUUAAACGAAGAUAGUGAACAUGAAAGUAAAAAGAGUUAUUCUGGAGAAAACAUUAAGGAUGCAGAGCUUGGGUUCAGGGAAAAUGAGAAAGGAGAUAGAAAUGGUAAGAAAUCAGAUGAAGUGCAUUCAAGAAAGGAAAAGAAAGAUGAUCGAAAUGGCUCAAAAGAGAAAAAGAAAGAGCGAAGCAGUAGGACUGGAGAAAAAUCAAUGGAAUCUGAAUCAAGGAAAAGAUCCCAUCUUAAUAUGGAGGAGGAUAGGAAAGAGUCAGAGAAACUGCAUAGAUCAAAUGCCAAAGAAGAUGACAAUAGAAAAACAGGUCGGACAAAGGACAAGGAAGAAGAUAGAGCAAGACAUAAAUCUGCCAAUGACUCGAGCAGACGCAAGAGAAGACGUUCCUCUUCAACUAGCAGUAGGAGUAGAAACAGCAAAGACAGAGAAUUGAGUCAUGAAGGAUCAGACGAUUCUAAGAGAAAGACGCAUUCAAAAAGGCGGAACUUAUCACCAUCACCUGUCAGGUCAAGAAGAAGACAAGUUUCGCGGUCACCUCAUAGCAAGCAUUCUCAGCGCAGGCAUUCUCCCUACUCUUCUCUUGAGUCCACCAGGUAUGUUGCAUGCAGCCUCGAAGAAGAAAUCAAGCAAGGGGAAAAUGGCCUAUAUUUUGUCGCAGCGGAGGAAGGUGUUUGUGGUUUUAUUAGUUUUGAUUUAUCGGCAUGCUUAAGGAAGGUUAAACUGAUCCAGCGGAACCUUGUUUCAGAAUCCCGUUCAAAAAAUAACGAAGAUUUCUGGUUAGAACAGCAGGCUGUAGUGUUAUUCUGUUGUGUGAUUUGGCCAUUGCAAGGAGGGAAGCUUCGUCGCAUUAGCGAUCAGACUAAAAGUGUUUCAUCCCAUUUGCAGGCUUACAGUGAAUUGUUGAGAGUUGUCCAUCUUAUACCGUACUGUCAGAAUACUACUGUAACUCGAGUAGGUCUUUGGUCAAUUUGGCUGUAUGGUUUUAUACUCAUUGCUCUCUCCAUGUACACUACUCAGAAAUUACCUUCGUUCAUCAUCAACAACAUCCAAGAAUCUCCCUUUACCAAUCACAGCAAUACGCGUAAUCCGAAAAUCACAAUCUUUUCAGCACCCAACUCAGUUGGAGUUAAACAGAGCCUUGCUAUUCGCUCUUGGCUCGCUUUAUCGCCUCGAAUUACUGUUGUUCUUUUCACUCAGCACCCUUCUGCUGUUUCCUUUGCCUCCGCCUUUGAUUCGCGGGUUCUGGUUGAUUCCAGUGUUGAUUUCACGUUUCUUGGUGUACCGUUCUUGCAUUCAAUGCUGGAAAGAUCGAGAGAUUUUGCAAUGGAUGUAUCAGUUUUUGUUGAUUCAGAAACAGUUCUUCUGCCUGAUUUUGUUUCCAGUUUGAAUUAUGCUUAUACACUUGAUCAUGAUUGGCUUUUAGUUGCUUCAUUGCGUAAUGUUUCUUACUUCCCGUUUGAUUUGGAUGGCAAUGGAAGACACUGGCUGAGAAAAGAUGGUAAAUUGAUGACAUCUCAUGAGUUGCUGGAAACUCUUGGGCAGAAUGGGCUGUUGAACUCGAAUCAUUGUGAUGAUAGAUUGUUGUUGGCGUGGAAUGGAAAGAAUGUGCCUUUACAUGACGGCGUGCUGCCUCCUUUCUUGUAUGGGAAAGGGAUUCAUAACCAUUGGAUUAUCAAUGAAGCUAUGUUGUCUGAAUUUAGGUUUGUGUUUGAUGCAAGUAGGACGAUUACGUGUUUUUAUUUAAAAGAUCAUGGAAACUGGUCUGAUCGGUCAGUGAAGGAGUCCGGUUUUGACGAUACCAGAAAGAGAAGUUGGGAAAAUGCUGGCAAUUCCCAUCUUGGUGCAGCAUAUGGAUCAUUACUUUUCCGCGAAAUCAAUUAUUCUAGCCUAGUAAAACUUGUGAACUGUGAUGGCAGAUAUCUCUUUGUUGACUCAAAAGAAGAUAUUUUAAUGAAUCAGAGACCUAGCCUAUUGAAUAGAAGAGUCUUGUAUUCUAGGACUAAGAUGAAAACUAUAGCUUGUGUUGACAAUACUAAAUCACAAGAUGAGACUUUGAAUUGCUCCCUGAAAGAUCAGUUACAGCACUUGGCACCACUCGAGUUUCCAUUUUCCUUAGAGUCACUGCUUUCGAUAGCUGCAGAUGAGAAUAAUAUAGUGGUGCUUGCUGUUGCUGGGUUUAGCUAUAAAGAUAUGUUGAUGAGUUGGGUGUGCAGAUUGCGACGCCUCCGGGUCACUAACUUCUUAAUUUGUGCCCUUGAUCAUGAAACAUAUGAGUUCUCAGUCUUACAGGGCCUGCCUGUUUUCCUCGAUCCAUCCGCCCCACGUGAUAUUAGCUUUGAUGAUUGUCAUUUUGGAACUGAAUGCUUUCAAAGGGUGACAAAAGUGAAGUCCAGAUUAGUUCUGAAGAUAUUAAAGCUGGGGUACAAUGUGCUUCUAAGCGACGUAGAUGUGUAUUGGUUUGCAAACCCAUUGCCAAUGCUCUCUCUUUUCGGUCCUGCUGUUCUGGUUGCACAGUCUGACGAAUACAAAAAAACAGGACCUGUGAACUUGCCUAGGCGUUUGAACUCUGGAUUUUAUUUCGCUAGAUCUGAUAGCUCAACGAUUGCUGCUAUGGAGAAGGUGGUAAAUCAUGCGGCAACUUCGAGUCUCUCUGAGCAACCAAGCUUCUAUGACAUGUUAUGUGGAGAAGGUGGAUCCAAUCGCUUAGGUGAUGAUAAAUGUGUGGAACCUGAAACUAAUCUGACCGUUCAUUUCUUGGAUAGAAACCUCUUCCCUAAUGGUGCAUACUCAGACCUAUGGCAGAAAAAAAAUGUGAAAAAAGCCUGUAAAACAAAGGGCUGUCUCGUUCUUCAUAACAAUUGGAUCAGUGGAAGGCUGAAGAAACUGGAGCGUCAAAUUUCGUCUGGUCUAUGGGAGUAUGAUAGUAGCGAAAGGAUGUGCUACAGAACUCAGAACAUUCAGCACAGAGGAGUUUCAAAAUGAAGAAGCAGUUCUUUCAUUCCUUGAUAUUGCAGAUCUACUUUAAGUCGACCUGGAUAUGUCCUUUUCUUCGAGGGCUGGCCUAUUAUGUGUUUGAACCGAAAUAUUUCUGUCUUCUACCUAGGCCUGCCUGGUUUCUGAGAUCCGUCAGCCCUUUAUAACAUCAGCUUUGAUGAUAGUCACUCUGGAACUGAAUGCUUUUAAAGUGCGACAAAGUGAUGUUCAGAAUGGUUCUGCAGAUAUUGAAGCUAGGCUACGGUAUACUACUGUGCUAUGUAUUGCCAAAUUUGUCCGGUUCAUCGGAGUAGGGUAGCAACUAAAGGAUGUGCCGCAGAAGCAGCUCAUUGUGAAGAUGAUGAAGUAUGUUCUACCUGCUCAAAUGGUUAAUAUUCUUUGAUGCUGAUUACUUUGGAUUUCUCGUGGUUAGAAUAAAAGAAGAUUUAUGCUGAUUCUAUGUUAUAAUUGUACGCCUUGGUUUCAUCUUUUUUGUUUUUUGGGAGAAUACUAUAUUGGAAUCAGCCGGCCAUGCAAAACAAAAGAGAAGUAUAUCCACCUUGACAACAGUUAAUACCUGAAGCCGGCACAACUUUCGCCACAUUUCCUGCUGAUCUGACAGCUUUUAAUUUUCAGAUAUGCUGAAGGCCUGUGUUAACUUGCUAGGUCAAAAUCAAGACUCUCAUAAGAAAUCGAAAAGGAAAGAAGAAUUGGAAAUAGCUUCCAUCUCAUUCAGCUUGCGCUCACAGUCAAGAGAUUUUUAUGUGAGGAUAGUUCAUGCAGGCGGACGGGAGGAUUUGUAUCCGCAUGAAGUUCCGGUAUCUCAAUUGAUGGAAAAAUAUCCCGGGAUGUGUGUUGCCAGGCCAGAAGUUUUCAAAAAUCCUCAGAAAUCCUUGUUAAGGCCGGACGAGACUUUGUUGCCAGGUCACAAAUAUUUGAUGAUUCCAACUACUACUGCUCGGAAAUUGAAACGUAAACAAACGAAGAAGGGAAAAGCCUCAGGUAAUGCUCAUGUUAAAAAUGAGAUGUCAGAUGUAAACAUUACUUGGAAUGCAGGUAAAGACGGUUCAGAUGAAUCUGUUUCAUCUGCAAAAGAAUUCUAUGUCUCCAAGGGGAGGUGGUCUAAAGACUCGAAACGUUCAUCAAGGAAGAGUGUUAAAUUGAAGAAGCCUUUCGUUCCUCCGCUCCCCAAAACAAUUCGCGUUCAAGGAUGGGAACCAAGUCUGACCUCUGUACAGGAACUCUCUCCUUGAUCAUUUCAUCUGCCUGUUCACUUGCAUCUGUAUUCCGGUACGUUGUUAAUUUCUCCUCGGUGUUGCUUGAUUGCCUGAGAAUUGUCUUACAGACAAUAAUAUGAAUGUAUAGAAGUUGUUUGAAUACUUCUCACUUGCAACACUUUCAUAACUGCUAAAAAAAUUUAUAUGCUAAUCUUUUUGAAUAUUACAUGUGAAUUUCAA